GGCUGGAAAGAGAACUGCUAGAACCUUCUCUCCUUCAAAAAGUCUAAAACCCCUCUCCUUAUAUCUCCCACUUUUCAUUUCCUCAUUUCAAAACAAGCUUGUGUUCACCUCGUGCCGCUCUCUCGCUCGCUUGGGUUUUUCGCUUUUUUCACUCUCUUUUGAAUCAAAGAACAAAAUGACUAAGAACUAUCCAAAAGUAAGCGAAGAGUACCAGAAGGCCGUUGAUAAGGCGAAGAAGAAGCUCAGAGGUUUAAUCGCUGAAAAGAACUGCGCUCCUAUUAUGCUUCGUCUCGCUUGGCAUUCAGCUGGAACCUACGAUGUGAAGACUAAGACCGGUGGACCAUUUGGAACCAUGAGGUACCCAGCGGAGUUGGCUCAUGGUGCUAAUAAUGGGCUUGAUAUUGCUCUUAGACUUAUUGACCCCAUUAAGGAGCAGUUCCCAAUCCUCUCUCAUGCUGAUUUCUAUCAGCUUGCUGGUGUUGUUGCCGUGGAGAUCACUGGUGGACCUGAGAUCCCAUUCCACCCAGGAAGAGAGGACAAGCCUGAGCCACCUCCAGAGGGUCGCCUUCCUGAUGCUACCAAGGGUUCUGGUCACUUGAGGGAUGUUUUUGGCCACAUGGGUCUCAGCGACCAGGAUAUUGUUGCUCUCUCUGGUGGCCACACCCUGGGUAGGUGCCACAAAGAGCGCUCUGGUUUUGAGGGUCCAUGGACUUCUAACCCACUCAUCUUUGAUAACUCCUACUUCAAGGAGCUCUUGAGUGGAGAGAAGGAGGGGCUUUUGAAAUUGCCAUCUGACUUGGCUCUUCUUUCUGACCCUGUGUUCCGCCCAUUUGUUGAAAAAUAUGCAGCGGAUGAAGAUGCAUUCUUUGCUGAUUAUGCUGAGGCCCAUUUGAAGCUCUCUGAGCUUGGAUUUGCUGAGGCUUAAAUCUUGAAUAUAGAGAGGAUGGUGCCAGCUAUAUCUUUUGCUUACUUUGGGAAAUUUGUUUUUAGGCGAUGAUUUGGCUGUUAAUGGAGUCGGUGCUCUUUUGAUUGUUCUUUUGUUGCAUAUGAUGAUGAAGUGGAAGUUGGAUAGGAUGUUUGGUACUUCUACUUUAUGAUGAUUAAAUAACACAAGUUUCAUCAGACUUUAA